AUGGAGACUCAACCUUACAGCAGCGCGACGAACAUUGCCGCCCUUCAGAACCUUCGCGCCAGAGGCGUGCCCGAUGUCCCCGAGGAUGUCGAAUUUCUCAUGGAGCAUCUCAAUGACCCUAACUUUGACUACUAUGCCGCACCUACCUCUCCUACCUCAUCCACCACUGAGGUGCAUGAGCUUGAGCGCAAAAAGAUAGCGAUGUCAGAGUACUCUGGCGGUGCCUCGGACUUCGAUGUUGAGUCACGAGUUGAGUCUACGCGAUACUCGACAGCUUCGAGAACUGCCACAUCUUCAAUGUUCGAAUAUGACGACGAGUCACCUUACCCUGAAGUUCGCGCCGCUGUGGCCAGCAUUGAUGACCCCACCAUGCACGUCAAUACGUUCCGCAUGUGGUUCUUGGGUAUCUUCUAUACUGUCCUCAUCUCGGCUCUUAACCAGUUUUUCUCUAUGCGCUACCCUUCCAUUAUUAUCACUGCCAUUAUUGCUCAGUUGACUGCCCUACCCCUUGGCAAAGGGAUGGAGCGAAUCCUUCCCACUACACGCUUCAAUACCAUGGGGUACAUCUGGUCAUUCAACCCAGGACCAUUCAACAUCAAGGAACACGUACUCAUCACUGUCAUGGCGAACGUUGUAGUCAGCGGUGCCUAUGCCACCGACAUUAUCGCAACCCAGAAGGUCUUCUACAAUCAGACCCUCACCACCUCCUAUCAACUCUGCCUUGUCCUUUCAACGCAACUCAUCGGGUUCUCUCUGGGCGGCCUCCUUCGUAGAUUCCUUGUUUGGCCCAGUAGCAUGAUUUGGCCUGGGGCACUUUCGUAUGGCAAACCUGAGAGUCGCCACAUCUCUCGGGAGAAAUUCUUUUGUAUUGCACUGGGAUGCAGUUUUGUAUGGUACUGGGUACCUGGAUACUUGUGGACUGGACUGAGCGUGUUCAACUGGGUCUGCUGGAUUGCACCCAACAACGUGGCCGUGAACGCACUCUUUGGCACCUCCACUGGUCUUGGGAUGGGGAUUCUUACUUUCGACUGGUCCAUGAUCUCGUACAUCGGAAGCCCCUUGGUAACGCCUUGGUGGUCUGAGGCCAACACGGUCGUUGCCCUUGUGAUCUGCUUCUGGAUCAUUACGCCGAUCAUCUACUUCACCAACACUUGGUUCACCGCGUACUUACCAAUCUCCUCCUACUUCACCUACGACAACACUGGGUUGCAGUAUGACGCUGCUCAGGUGGUCGUCAAUGGCUCUUUCAACGUCGCGCAAUACGAGGCUUACUCGCCCGUCUUUAUGACGGCAACCAUGGCUAUUGCAUAUGGUGUUGCAUUUGCCGCUUUCUCAUCAGUAGUUGUGCACACAUUCUUGUGGUACCGCCGUGACAUCGUUCGCCGCCUCAAGAGCAGCCUCAGAGAUGAGCGUGACGUUCAUUCGCGCCUGAUGCAGGCAUACCCCGAAAUUUUCCCCACGGAUCUCCCCAUCUGGGCUGUUUGCGUUGGCAUGCUCCAAGCAAUUACCAAUCAGCAGAUCGCCCUGAACGUCAUGUUCGAGAUGAUUGGUGCCUAUUUGCUUCCUGGCAAACCCAUCGCUGUCAUGAUCUUCAAAGCGAGCGCAUACAUGGGUACAAACCAGGCGGUUGGCUUUGCUGGCGACUUAAAGCUUGGUCAUUACAUGAAGGUGCCCCCGCGUCUCAUGUUCAUGGCACAGGUCCUCGCUGCCUUCAUCAGUUCCAUCGUUGUCACCCUCGUGCAGGACUGGAUGUUCGCCAACAUUGUGGACAUCUGCACACCCACCCAGCCUGAGUUCUUCGUUUGCCCGUCCACUGUCACCUUCGGAAGUGCAUCACUCCUGUGGGGAAGCAUUGGUCCCCAACGUCUCUUCAGUCCUGGUGCCAUGUACAGCCCAUUACUCUGGUUCUUUGCCGUUGGUGCCCUCCUCCCCAUCCCCUUCUACUACCUUGCUCGCCGUUUCCCUCUUUCUUACUGGAGAUACAUCAACAUCCCAGUGUUCUUCGCAGGCAUCGGCGCCAUGCCUCCUGCCACUGGCAUCAACUUUGCGUCUUGGGCAAUUGUCGGCUUCAUCUUCCAGUGGUUCAUGCGCCGCUACCACUUCAGGUGGUGGAUGCGCUACAACUACAUCCUCUCCGCUGGUCUUGACGCAGGCGUCACGCUCAGCCUCAUCGUCAUCUUCUUCGUUCUCCAGAUGCCAAAAGGUGGAAUUACCCUCAACUGGUGGGGUAACUCCGUCUGGCAGAACACUGCAGAUGCAAUGGGCACGCCCCUUUACGUGAUGCCUCCUGGCAAAACAUUUGGCCCUUCGACUUGGUCAUAA